GGCGAGGACAGAAGGACCCAUGUGCAGGCACGCACGCAGGAUCUGCUGAGACCAUGCUAAUUUGGAACCUCAGUUCCAUGCGGCCUUCAGGACCCAUGUGUUCAUCAGAAUACAUGUUCUGAAUCUUGUUCAGAAAGUCCGGCCUCGGUUGAAGUGAGUCAAGAGCCAGGUGGGAAGCAGAGUGGGUUGAGGGACACAAACUCGGCCCAUGGAUGAAAACGGAAGCAAAGGACCACCGAGUAACACCUCGGUGCUCAGAAUCUGAGCAACUUGUAUAAAUUGCCUCAAAAGGCACACAGCAAUUGUGUUGCCCCUGUGCCAUUUGAGAGGGACUUGUGGUCCUUGCCUACCUGCCAGAGCCCUCAGGGAAUGUCUCCCCACCCCCACCCAGGGCCCUGGCCCUCGGCCCCUCCCCCGCUGCAGAAUGUCAGGAGCCCUACAUUCUGUCCCUGUUUACGUUCAAACUUUCCCCCCCUUAAUUGGGUCUCGAGCAUCUGCUGGAGCAGGUCGCUGUCCGGGACCUGGCCUCGACAUUUCUCAUUGUGGUGGCUGUAGGGUAGCAGUGGUCCCUGCCCCAAGCCUGCGGGGAUGGCUUCAGAAGGAGCAUCUCCAGUGCUGGGACCGCAUGUGGCCAUGGACCCGGAGGCGUCCGUGUCUUCUUUGACGGCACAGCCGUUUCCCCCACCUGCUGCUGGCGCCUCGCACUGGUCACCCCGGGGGCAGCGCUCGCCGCCCCACGUGACCCCGCCGUUCACGCCUGGCAGCCCCGUGGUGCUGCCCACUUUCUGCAGGACACCGCUGGUGGCAGGAGAUGCCGUCCAUGGCCCAGGUGGGACCCGGGCCUGUAACGUCAUCGUGCAGGUCAGGUCAGAGUGGGGGCCCGCAGAUGCCCCCCAGACUCAGACCGUCGUCCUCACCCAGGCCCCCGUUCGCUGGAGUCCUCCCGGGGCCCUCUGUGGGGGUGCUGCGUGUCCCACACCCCUGUUCCUGGCAACGUCGGCAGCGGAGAGCAGCGUGUCCGCCCCAACCGUCGGGGGCACCUGGGCCGGCAAGGGAGGCUCCACCCCAGGCCUUCGACCUCAGGCUCCCCCCCUGGCUGUCCGGCUGGCCCCCAUGGUGCCCCCGGUGACCGCAGGGCCGCAGCCCCCCGCAGCUGCCAGGGAGGGCAGCCUGGCCAGCGGCCCCUCCAAGGCCUCGCCCGCGGACUCCUGUAGCCCCAAGAGUGUGUACGAGAACUUCAGGCGCUGGCAGUGCUUCAAGGUCCUGGCCCGCAGGCACCUCCCGCAGAGCCCCGACGCCGAAGCCCUCUCCUGCUUUCUCAUCCCGGUGCUUCGGUCCCUGGCCCGCCUGAAGCCCACCAUGACGCUGGAGGAGGGAGUGUGGCGGGCCGUGCAGGAGUGGCAGUGCAGAAGCAACUUUGACCGGGUCAUCUACUACGAGAUGGCAGGAAAGUUCAUGGAGUUUGAGGCAGAGGAGGAGAUACAGAUUCAGAAGCUGCAGUGGGUGAAGGUGGCCCAGGGCCCAUCUGCUCCAGCCCCACCCAAGCCUGGAACCCAGGGGUCCCCAGCCCUGGAGGGGGGCCGGCAGCCAGCCUGCAUUCCCAGGAAGGCCGGCUCCAGGGCCCAGCCACCCUGCCCUCAGCCACACAGACCCCCGCAGCCCAAGGCACCCAAGGAGAUCCCCCCUGAGGCUGUGAGAGAGUACGUGGACAUCAUGGAGGGGCUGCUGGGGCCUGCCUGCUCAGCCCCGGGGGCGCUAGCGGGUGAAUGGGGACAGGACGGAGAGGAGCCACAGCAGGACGAGGACUCCAUCUACCUGGACCCGGGUCUUCUCAGCUACAUUGACAAGCUGUGUUCCCUGGAAGACUUCAUCACCAAGGUGGAGGCAGUCCUUCACCCGCGAUUCCUGGCAGAACUGCUUUCUUCAGAACCACAGCUGGAUCUUUUGGCCCUCGCUGAACAAUUGGAGCAGGAGGAAGGACUCUCCCUUGCAGAGCUGGUAGAGAAGAGACUGGUGGCCUUGGCGGUGGAGGACGGUGUGCCCACAACCCCGAGUCACUGUGCAGCGACACUGGGCUCCGGGCCCGAGGGUGAGGCCAGGGCCCGGCCAGGGGUCAGCCGUGAGGCCUGCCCAGCAGAGAGCGAGUGCCAGGACCUCCGGAGGCACAGCCGGGCACACGCGCACCCGUGCAGACCCAGAUCCUUUGCCGCGUCUCCAGGACAACAGGAGCUGCCUGCCCUCCGGGCUGGUGGGCUCUCCUCUCCUCCCCAGGGGCCAGGGCGCACCCCUCCUCGGCCGGACCCCAGGGAUGCCCCCGUGUUCAGAGAGGCGCCCCCUGCUAGGGAGCCUGGCGGGCCAGCAGAUGGGUCCAGUGAGGACGAGGAGGAGCUGCCCAGCCUGGCCUUCCUCCUGGCCUCUCGGCACAGCCUGCUGCCGUGGGGGCUCUCCCAGAGUCCUGCUCCGGCCCCGGGCCUCCCCAGCCCUGGAGGGCGCGGGCCGCGGGGAGCUCCCCAGGCCCCCGCUGCUCAGAGAAUAGGCCGCAGCCCAGCCGCUCCCCCAGCUGCCAAGUCCAGAAAGCGGGCUCUGCGUGCGGGUCUGGCCGCUGCCGGCAAGACGCCCCUCGCAGGGGCCAGCCUCAGGGGCUCGGUGCGGGCCUUGGCCGUGGGGCUGCUUCGGCCCUCUCUGCCUCCAAAGAGAAGGUGUGGCUCCUUUGUCCCAGGGAGGAGGAAAAAGCAGCACUGCAGCCCCUAGGGAGCCCUGGGCCCACCCUUCAGUGCUGAUCCUGGCUGGGGGGAGAGGGGGAGGGCACGACUGCGGGCGGGGUGGCAGCAGCCCCCAGGGGCGCUGCGUGUACGUGGGAAUAAAGAUGG